CGGUACACCUCAUGGGUCGAAGAUGUUUCCGAAAACGAGCUUCUAUUGGGUUAGCUUCAUAAUCAAUACCAUCUGAGUUUGAACUCGAGCUCCAAACCAGCUAAAUUCUCAUACCAGCACCUCUCCACAGACCCACCUUCAAAAAGUUGUAACAGAAAACGCUUUCCCUUCCUUGUUUUAACGCUUUACCCACGAGAGACAGAAAUCAAGAGAUGGCAAUGCGUAGGCUUUUGUUGCUUUUGAAACCAUUUGACGUCUACCCAGUUGGCCAAUCUAAGAACCUCCCUCACAUCAACAAUCCUCAGGUGUUACACUAUCUGGAUAAUAGGCGUAAGGUUCACAAGGAUGCCAUAAAUUUCUGUCAGGACAUUUUGCGGCAGAAGUCGGUUGAUUGGAAACCCAUCAUACGCAAUAAUCUUUUGCAACCAAUUCGUGGUUUUGAUUUAGUUAUUACCAUUGGUGGUGAUGGCACUCUUUUGCAAGCAAGUCAUUUCAUGGAUGGCUCAAUUCCAGUUCUAGGAGUGAACUCAGACCCCACACAGGUUGAAGAGGUGGAGGAAUUCAGUGGUGAUUUUGAUGCUACUAGAAGUACUGGCCAUCUGUGUGCAGCCACUGUCAAGAACUUUGAGCAAGUACUAGAUGACAUCCUGGGGGGUCAUAUAGUUCCUUCAGAUAUAACAAGGAUGUCAAUAAGUGCAAAUUCACAACUGCUGUCAACAUAUGCUCUUAAUGACAUAUUGAUUGCUCAUCCAUGUCCUGCAACAGUUUCACGUUUCUCAUUCAAAAUCCAAAGGGAUGGUGAAUCAUGCACUCUGUUGGCAAAUUGCCGAUCAAGUGGUAUGAGAGUCUCAACUGCUGCUGGAUCAACUGCUGCAAUGCUCUCAGGAGGUGGAUUUGUAAUGCCUGUUUCAUCUCAGGACCUCCAGUAUAUGGUAAGAGAGCCUAUUUCACCAGGAGCUGCCAUCUCUAGUCUAAUGCAUGGGAUGGUCAAAUCAGAUCAAUCCAUGGAGGUCAGAUGGUUUUCUGAGAAGGGUGUAAUAUACAUAGAUGGUUCUCAUGUAUCCCACUCUAUCCAGUACGGGGAUAUCCUUGAAGUAUCUUCCAAGGCCCCUGUUUUGAAAAUUUUCAUGCCUCACAUAAUGUAAUCAUAGAGGGCACGCAACACCAAUUGUCACGUGUAAAUAUCCAUAAGAGGGGGAAAUGGGAAUUUUGGGAACAUUAUGAGGUACUAGCAUUUGCCUGAUAGGUAUCUUGUGCAUACAAGUACAGUACAGGUACAAUUUUACUCAUGUUUUGCCCAUUUUUGCCUUAAAUCUGAUAGAUUUCUACUUCA